CACAUGCAUCGGAAGGACCAGCGUGGACGCGCCCGGUUUCUCUGCUGUGCUCGACCCCGUCUUCCUGCGCGCCUCGGCUCAGAAACAGGCUCCAGAGAGAGCAGAGGAGCGGCAGCGGGGAGAAAGAUGGAGGUGAGGGUCGGGGAGAGACUCUUGUGCCUGGCUCUGCUGUGCAGCAGCUUCUUCGUGGAUUCAGUCCUUGGGAAAUACGUCAAAGGCAUCGUCAACACUAAAGAGGACUGGGUUUUCCUCACUCGCUUCUGCUUUCUCACCGACUUUGGACGUCUUGACUUCCGGUUCCGCUAUCCAAAGUCUCGCUGCUGUCAGAACAUAUUGCUCUACUUUGAUGACAGUUCUCAGUGGCCAGCUGUGUACAAGCGGCACGAAAAGAACUGCUACCAGAAGGAAGCGGUGCUGAGGCCCGAGAACAAUCAGGUCAUCAACCUCACAACACACUACACCUGGUCAGGAUGUGUGGUGGAGGGUGACGGGAACGAGGAGGUCCUGAGCUGCGUGGGCGGGCGUAGUUUUCGCUCCGUGAGGGAACGAUGGUGGUACAUCGCUCUCAGCAAGUGUGGGGGCGAAGGCUUGCAGCUGGAGUACGAGAUGAAACUGACCAAUGGCCAGUCUUUCUGGACGCAGCAUUUCUCUGCAGAUGAGUUCGGAAUCCUGGAGACGGACAUCACGUUCCUGGUGAUCUUCUUCCUGGUGUUCGUCCUUUCCUGCUACUUUGCCUACAAUCUGAAGGGAAGACAGCUUCUUCACACAACCUACAAAAUGUUUAUGAUGGCAGCAGGUGUGGAAGUGCUCAGCCUGUUGUUCCAUUGUGUCUACUGGGGCCUGUACGCUACAGAUGGAGUUGGCAACGGAAGCCUGAAACUACUCGGGAAAUUACUGUUCUCCGUCAGUUUCUUGGUGUUCCUGCUGAUGCUCAUAUUGUUGGGCAAAGGAUUCACCGUCACCAGGGCGAGGAUCAGUCACAGUGGGUCGGUUAAAUUGAGCAUCUACAUGACAGUCUACACAAUCACCUACGUCAUCCUCUUCAUCUACGAGGCAGAGUUCUUUGACCCAGGUGAAGUGCUGUACGCCUACGACAGCCCCGCAGGAUACGGACUGAUGGGCCUGCAGCUGCUGGCCUACGUGUGGUUCUGCUACGCCGUGCUGGUGUCUCUGAAACACUACCCUGAGAAACAACCGUUCUACAUCCCUUUCUUCACCACGUACACACUAUGGUUUUUCGCAGUGCCUGUUAUGGCUCUGAUCGCCAACUUUGGGAUUCCUCGUUGGGCUCGGGAGAAGAUCGUAAACGGCAUUCAGCUCGGCAUCCACCUCUACGCCCACAUCGUGUUCCUUGUUAUCACACGACCCUCAGCAGCCAAUAAGAACUUCCCAUAUCACGUCCGGACGUCUCAGAUCGGGAUCCUGCUGUCCAGUCCGAAAGCAGGCGAAGGGGCGGAGAGUUUCCCCCAUCAUGCCUAUGGAAACGGUUCCUUCCUGGGAGACUCGCAACCCAACUUCACUGAGCUGUUCUCCAUCCAUUCAGACCCGGUGAAAACGGUGGAGGAGACGGUGGCCCGUAAAGGAGCCGAUGUGCCAAGGAACAGCGAGCAGAAGAUCAUCACCACCGCAGCCGACCUGACGGCGAUAUUACCCCCACCUCUGCCUCCGAUACCCCCGCGCCAGGCCACACGCUCCCCCCCGCUGCCGCCCCGGCUCCCUUCCUUCACAGAGUAUUUCAGCAUGCAGAGCGGAGGAGGAGGAGCGUUCGGGACGAAGGCAUGAGGGGGGGGGGAAGGAGGGGGGGGGGAAGGAAUCGAGGAAACAGACGAUACAAAGUAAAGAAAGAGUCGUGAAGGUGAUGCUGUUCAAAGACGGCCAAAAAAGAAGUACGCACGGAUGGACGAUGAAGAGUAAUCAUCAGCAAAGCAAAUCCCUAAACGGUCUCUUUGCACCUGCAAAUGGAAAUAACCUAGAAGAGUGAGGGGGUUAGGGCUGUGAGAUAGGAGUGCAGAGCGUGUUAAAGAAUAAAGAAGCAAUAAAUAUUUGAUGUUGACCAGUGAGAGGCACACGGGGAGGAGGAUGACAAAGUGGAUGUAGCCGGAGCAAUAGGAUGAUGGCUGUGCACGACGCGGAAAUGAACAAAAUUCUUGAAAUACUCCUGAUCAAAAAUGCAUGAGGCAUUGAUGGUGUGUCAGUAGGAGUUUGUAAAUAGCUAAAACCCGAGAGAGCUACCACUCUGUCUAGAUUUAUCUCAAAAAAGGAAAUUGUUUAGGUUUGUUUCCCCCAUCAGACAAAAAGAUCUCCUCCCAUUACAUUUAUCCAAGUCAUGUAAAAAAAGAAAUAAAAUAAACAAGACUUUUUUAUGUUUGACACAUUUUGAUAAAGCAUAGAUAUUAUAUGGAGUUUGUUGGGUUAAUUUAUAUUCUUAUAUGCCUUCAUCGCAGCUGGUUAUUCUGGAUUGAUAUGCUGAUGUGUAAAUGUAAAAUGUCACGUUUACUGUGGGCACUUCUAGGUACUCGUAAAACACGCAUGUUUGUAUCGUAUUUCCCGUCCUGAAAGCUGAUAUAUGUAACUCCACGUGACCAUACGAUAUUCGCUUAUUGUGUGUAUUGAGAUCUAUAACAUUGUGAAUACAUACAAUAGGCGUACGUAUUUUUUUUGACUGGAUCAAUUCUGGUGAUUGAAACCUUGCACUGUCUAAAACCAAUAAUAUACUACGUCAGUUUUAGUUGAAUUUGUGCAGAAUAUGCCUGCUCAAAAAUGUCAUAUCUGUGUAUGUAGACGUUGGUGAAUGUACUGAUGCAAUACAGCACAAGGACAGGGGUGAUUUUGUAGUAACUGGAACACUACAAUACUCCUUUAGUAAUAUUUUCAACAUCCAGGAUGGAGGAUCCAAGAGCAAAGGGGGGGGGGGGCUGCCUUUUUUAAAAUACAAGUAACGUCAUCCUCACCCCUGUCUAGUACCUGAAUAUUUGUUGGCUUUAUUUCACUUUGAAUCUGAACAAACAAUACUAGUUUUGUAUCCCCUAAUAUUGAGCUAUAACAAAAACAAGGCUUUGUAGAUGAACUGUGAAAACGGUAACACAAGUGUACAUUUUGUCUGUCCUGCAUGGAGCACUUUAAUGUUCCUGGUCUUAGUCUGUUUUAUUCGUGAUGCCGUCACCUUUAUAGGACUGCUUUGAAACCUCUAUUCACCCCACUGACACUCAUAGUAUUCCACAUGCAUACACUUGUAAAUACAGUCAUGUCAUCGACUGCCCGGACAUUAUAGGCAGAGUAUCACGCUAAGUCAAUGUCAUUUAACAUUGAAUUGUCAUUUAAGAUCGUCCCUGAGUUUACCACUAGCUUUCUGCAAUCCAGAAACAAAAAAAAAAAGAUGCUUAUUGAUUUCUGAUUCAUAGAAAUGGAAAUCAGUUUAUAGUCCACAGUUUUAUCAAUGGCAGUUUUGCUGUAAUGGAGUACCGUAGGAUGUUAGGACUGUGGUGUGUAACUUGUAAGAGGUGUAACGUAGUCUGUGAAACCGAAUGAUACUUGAAUUAAGAGCAUUAGUCGUUAAUUCUGAUUGUUGGCAUGUCUGCCGUUUGUCUGCCUAUUGUAGCGGUUGCCAUUACUUGACUUCAUAGACACAAACAUGCUCACUGACACUGUAUCACCGCUUCAAUCUUUGUGUAUAUGGACGUACAAUUACAGGACUGAGACACUAAGUGGGGAGAACUUGACGCAAAGAGAUUAUGUAUGCAUGACAGACAACAGCACAGCUUUUAGGCUACUCAGAGCGAUCUGGUUAAGAGCACAUCACUAAAGCACUGUUCAAAAUGCAUUUUAAUGGUGUGAAAUGACAACUCUAAAUACGCUGUACAUAUACACUUUUUGCCAAAAUAAUAAAAAAUAUGGUUUUAUUAGAA